AUGGUUAUGAAAAGUGUCUCCUCACCAGUUGUUGUGGAAAAAACCAAGAAUGACAUGAGUUUCAUGUUUGCUCCUUUUGAAAUCACAUUAGCGCGGAAAUUUACUGCACGUGUAACUGAGAAAUUAGCCAAUGAUAUCUACUUGAUGAGAAAUACGGAACAACUGGCCGUUUUAUAUCAGUAUAUAGUGCGUCCAAUAAAACGCUUGUCGCCAUCGAUGUAUCUUGAUGAUACUCCUGGAGUAGCGUGCAUUGCUCGCGUUGCACGGCCAUGUAAUUUACCCAGAGUGAGUCGAUGUCGUCUUUACAGAGCUUUGGCCAGUCGGUUCAAUACGAAAGAUGGAACUUGUUCAGCUUUCCUUGUCGAUUACGGGCAAUACGUUGUUUGCGAUUCAUUUGCAAUAUAUGAUCUCAAUGGACAGCCAUCAGAUGUGCUAAAAAUGCCAGUAGCAGCAUUCAAAUUUGGGAUCAAAAAGCAACGAAAUAGAUACUUACGGAAUCUGGAAGUCGAUAAGGAGUAUAUUAUAUGCAUAACGACAUUUGCUGAUGACGGCGUUUGUUGGGGGAAGGUUGUACAAGCAGCGCAAUGUUCAGUAAUGCAGAAGACUUUCCCUGCAGCAAAUACGGAAGAUAUCUGCCAUAAUUUUAUGAAAGAUGAAAGUGACAAUAUAGCCGUAGCGUCAGUUGAACAAUCGAUCCAAAUUUCAGAAGAAAAGUUGCGAGAAAAGAAGGAACGAUUGCAAAUUGAAAGAGAAUUAUUUGAGAUGAAGAAAUCGAAAUUUGAGCAAGAAUGGACAUUACAAACUAUGCAAUUGCAAUUUGCUACUAUUCUGAAAAGAUUGGACACAAUAUCAAUGCCAUUUACACCUUCUGCUGCUGGUUGCUGCAGGUCAUUUCCAAAUGUCACAUCUUUACCUGUACAGGCUUGUAGUAGCCCAUUUCCAAGUAGGGAUGGUUGGAAUCCAUGCUCUUCACCCUCAACAUAUCAGACCUGGGCUCAAGCCCUAGCAGUAAACCCGUUACUGUCUGCUCCAUUACCGAACAAUUUAUUGUUUGAUCCAAUGGCAGUUCAACAACUACCUCCGGUAUACCCAAACCAACAAAGAAGGCUGAAUAGGAAUAUGCAUACUCCUACCGCAACCCAGACAAUGAAUUGUUGCUGUAUGCAUCCUAAUGUCGGUGAUUUUUCGGAAAUACGUAAUGGUUCAGUACCAUUGAUCACAGUUCCGGGUAACACACAACUGUCAUCACCAAUUUCAACUUUGGCUUCGCGCAAUGUAGGAAUUUGUCACUUUCGACCUAGUAAUAACGAAAUACCAGCAACGACUGAUGGAGAUUUGAACAAUAACUUUCAGCAACAAGAAGAAUAUAAGACGAAGCAGACUCUUCUGCAUAAAACGCAAUAUGGUGAACCACCGAUUCAUAUUUUGAACGAGUGUUACAACACAGCUAGGUCAGGAGCUUCAUCCGGCUUAGUUGGUACAAAAUGCGCUGUCGAACAUGUUGAACGAAGACUAGAAAGUAGUGAUCGAUUAAGUACCGGUGUCAGUGAAUAUUUUUCAGUACAACCUAUUUCACUCUCUGAAGAACAGGAGAAAGCAUUAUAUGUACAUCGUUCACUCGAUAGAAAUGGUUAUCUGAUGCAAAAAACAGGACGGCAGUACAAACCAGGAAUCUCGUAUUUUAGAAAUUCUCCAGCUUGUGAUGUUUUAGAAAUAGUAAGAAGCGAGGAAGAAGAUAAUCAAAAUAUAGCCAAUUUUAAUGCGGGAAAUUUGUCAACGGCCGUAUUCAACAGCGAGCGCUUAAUCACGACUUUAAAAUAUAGACCCUAUGUGCCGUAUAUAGAAGUGGAGGAACAGGCAAUAUAUACUGUAAAAAGAAGCGAUGAUGAUCGGUCAAAUCAAAAUUGGCCGCUGUUCUUUGUGCAAAUUCAAAACGAUAGAUUGUUGGAUAUCAUUGAUCAAUAUUUGGAUUGCCUAGCAGCUGUUGAAUCGUUACCGAAGGAAAAUAUCAAACUGGGUGCGCUAUGUGUUUCAUAUUGUCACACAUUUCAAGCAAUGUUUCGUGCAGUGAUUACAGCAAUGUAUAAUACGGAUGUGGAAGUGCUUUACAUUGAUUAUGGUAAUUAUGAGAGGGUUACCUAUAAUAAUCUUUACUCUAUCAAUGAACUGCCUACAAUAACAAGAAUGCAUCCAGCUACGGGAAUCCCUUGUUUACUAUCUGAUGUGCAUGAUAUCCAUAUAGGCUUUGAUAUUUGCGCAGAAAGUGACAUAUUUCGUUUAAUGAAUGCUGUUUCAUGCGAAAAACCGUUUUUCAAAUUGAAGUUUCUUCGUAAACGAACUGAUGGUGUGAUGAUUGUCCAGCUGGUUGAUAGCAGUGAAAAAUCGUAA